AUGGCUUGUCUUAUGACAGCGGUUAACAAUACAGCUGAAACCAACUCUAUCAUAAUGAAUGCGGACGGGCCACCCGACCUCAUGCUCGACCCCAGGACUGUGUGUGUGUCCAUGGAGGAGGUUGUGUCAAACAACCCUGGCGCUCAACAGACCCCGUUAAUGCAGGGAUACUGUAAGAAAGUGGAGAACUUCCCAGCCGAAGCGCAGCGCUUCUCGUACUUACCGCGGCGGCCUGCGGUCAAUAUCCAGUUCAAAGAUGUCUCCUAUUCCGUUCCCGAAGGACCUUGGUGGAGAAAGAAAGGUCACAGGACCCUGCUGAAGGGGAUCUCUGGGAAGUUCAGCAGCGGCGGCCUAGUGGCCAUCAUGGGCCCCUCAGGGGCUGGCAAGUCCACCCUGAUGAACAUCUUAGCUGGCUACAGAGAGACGGGGAUGAAGGGGGAGAUCCAGAUAAACGGACAGCCUCGCGAUCUCCGCUCCUUCCGCAAGGUUUCCUGCUACAUCAUGCAGGACGACAUGCUCCUCCCACACCUGACCGUGCAGGAGGCCAUGAUGGUGUCGGCUAAUCUCAAACUCCAGGAGAAGGACGAGGGCAGGAAAGAGAUGGUGAGAGAAAUCCUGACUGCACUGGGUCUGCUGGAAUGUGCUAAAACCCGCACAGCCAACCUGUCGGGGGGGCAGAGGAAGCGGUUGGCCAUCGCCCUGGAGCUGGUCAACAACCCCCCCGUCAUGUUCUUUGAUGAGCCGACCAGUGGCCUCGACAGCUCCUCCUGCCUCCAGGUGCUCUCCCUGCUGAAGGCUCUGGCCCAGGGAGGGCGCACCAUUAUCUGCACCAUCCACCAGCCCAGCGCCAAGCUGUUCGAACUCUUCGACAAGCUCUACGUGCUGAGCCAGGGGCAGUGCAUCUAUCGGGGAAAGGUGUCUAAUCUGGUACCGUACCUCCAGGACCUCAACCUCAGCUGCCCAACAUACCACAACCCAGCAGACUUUGUGAUGGAGGUUGCUGCAGGAGAGUACGGGGACCAGACCUCCAGGCUGGUGAAGGCUCUACAGGACAGGAAGUGUGAAAAGGACUAUAAAACAGAGGGGCCCAAAGAGGGAGCACUGAACCCCUUCCUCUGGCACAGACCCUCUGAAGAGGACUCCUCCACUGCAGAGGGCUGCCACAGUUUCUCAGCGAGCUGUCUGACUCAGUUCUGCAUCCUGUUCAAGAGGACCUUCCUCAGCAUCAUGAGAGAUUCGGUGCUCACUCACCUGCGCAUCACCUCUCACGUGGGCAUCGGGAUCCUCAUCGGCCUGCUCUACCUGGGCAUCGGCAACGAGGCCAAGAAAGUGCUCAGCAACUCAGGCUUCCUGUUCUUCUCCAUGCUCUUCCUUAUGUUCGCCGCUCUGAUGCCAACCGUCCUCACCUUUCCACUAGAGAUGGGGGUGUUUCUUAGGGAGCACCUGAAUUACUGGUACAGUCUGAAGGCGUACUACCUGGCCAAAACCAUGGCAGAUGUCCCCUUCCAGGUGGUGUUCCCGGUGGCGUACUGCAGCAUCGUGUACUGGAUGACCUCGCAGCCCUGCGAUGCCCUGCGCUUCACACUCUUCCUGUCGCUCGGCACCAUGACCUCCCUGGUGGCUCAAUCCCUGGGCCUGCUGAUUGGAGCCGCCUCCACGUCGCUACAGGUGGCGACGUUCGUGGGGCCUGUGACUGCGAUUCCUGUGCUGCUCUUCUCCGGUUUCUUCGUCAGCUUUGACACCAUCCCCAAAUACCUGCAGUGGAUGUCCUACAUGUCAUACGUCAGGUACGGGUUUGAGGGAGUCAUUCUCUCCAUCUACGGACUGAACCGAGAGGACCUGCACUGUGACACAGACGACACCUGUCACUUCCAGAAGUCUGAGGCGAUCCUGAGAGAGCUGGACGUGCAGAACGCCCGCCUGUACUUGGACUUCAUCGUGCUCGCCAUCUUCUUCGUCACCCUCCGCCUCAUUGCCUACUUUGUCCUGCGCUACAAGAUCAAUGCCGAGAGGUAGAGGAGGAGGGAGGGAGACCGGAGGAAGGGUUACUGUAGAGACGGUGAAAGAGGGACCAGAAUUGGUUUCUGGUCCAUGUUUGUGUGUGUUUGUGUGUGCAGAUGAAUUCGCUUUCCAAAGCAGUAAGAAACAAGAAAUACCAUUUGGAAAGUACAGAGCUAUCCCAUGUACUCCUUGGAGUGUGUGUGCAAUAUAUACUUAAUUCAAUCGUAGUCAUUUCUGCGGUAUGAAAAGGAGCACUUUAGGCACUUAUAAAGCUACCUGAUCUACUCUGGUUUCUCCUGUUGGCCUUGCAGAAUGACUCCACGGAUGGCUAACUCUGGCUGAAUUGAUCAGCACAGUGGUUGUUCCUGUGAGAGAUGAAGUUCAGAUGUCACAAAGUCGAAUUUGUUCAAAUUAAGUCGGCUAAAUGGAGACCAAUCGGGUUUUGAAUGGGACGAGAAACUUCAAGUUUGUACAGUAAAGCUGCAUCUGCAUUCGGAAGUGUACAGUAAGCGGUAUCCAUACCACUGAUCUCUUCACAGGUUUUCUGUAAUAGACAGUAAAAGUAUGUUUUAAAAAAUAUAUAUAUAUAUUUUUAUUUACAUGCAGUGUUCUACAGAGCCUUGCUUUAUUCGGUAUUGAGAUUCAUGUCGUCCUCUGGCUGAAGCCACUGGUUGAAGCUUGCAUUUAUUAUUUCUUUUAUUUAUUCCCUAUGUGGGAAAACAGUCACAGGGACGCAGAUUAUUAGUCAGUAUAUAUUUUAGUUGAAAAGAAAUAUUAAAUGUUGUAAUGUUUGUGGCAGGUUGAGAAUAACUGUGUUUACUCCAGGUGAAAUUCAUACAUUGAUUUAUGCAUUAUUUUAUUAUUGCCAAAUAUCUGGUAUAUGAGGCUUGGAGAACACCUGCUUGAGUUCACACCAAAUAUCUGCCCGUGGAUGUCAGAUGACUUAGUCACUGUAGUCGUAGAAUGGAAUCUCUGCUCUUAUUAUAGAAUUCUUAACGUACAGUGUGACAGCAAUAAAAGACGUGAUAUUGUCGGAGCUGCAUCGCACAGUGUGACGUACCAACCGUAAGAGACGGCUGAUAUCGCACAGCGUGCAGCCAGCAUUACAUGAAAUAACAUUAUUUUGAAAGUACAUUUUGAUGUUGGUUCUUACCUUCAUGGAAAAUGACGGCAUUUAAGGGGUAUGUUUACUAUGGUUUUUGGAAGAAACAUGACCACAAAAAGUCUCAUUCGGGAACAGCUGAUAAAAAUCCUUUACAUCAACAGACAAAGCAAAAGUCAAUGCAAAUCUAUUUUAUGUGUAAUUGUGUGUUCUCUUUCUUGUACAUUAUUUCAUUGCACCUAUGUUACUAUAAUGUUAUGAUGUUGUAUGUUAGCUGGGUGUAACUAAUGGGAACAUGAAACUAUUUGUUCCUCUUUUUUUACUGUUUUUGUAACAAAUGUGUUUGCAAACUGCAUGAGUGUAGCCUGAAGAAUGUGUAAAUGUGUAACACAAUUGUACAUUUUCAAGUGUAAAUUUUUUCUUUUCACUUAUUGAAUCCUUCCCAGCUUUGGUUACACUGUUGAGGCAAUCGGUCCAGAGAAUCAGACUUGUCUCUGCCACGCCCUGCUGGUGGAGCUGACAUACACCUGGGCUGCGUUAACUAAUCCAGCCAGCUCUUUCUUUUUCUUUGUUGUUUUAGUUUAUUGUAUUGGUUUAUUUUUGCCUGGAACCCAUGAGGGGGAAGGGCACAAACUUUUUAUUAUUUGGUUUUGUGGUUGCUCUCUUUCUCUCCAUGUGGCAGUACAACAGUACGAAGCCAGAACUGCCGCAUCUCUCUUCCAGGGGUGUCACAUGGUGGGUGACAACCAUUAUUUCAACUAUAGCACCAAGCCCAAUUUCCUGUAAUGCGCUGUGUAUUGUGUGUGUGUGCGCGUACCUGCGUGUGCAUACGUGCAUGUGUAUGUGUGUGUGUGUGUGUGCGUAUGUGUGCUUGCGUGCAUUCAAAUCUGAAGGUAAUAUGAAAUAUUUUCUGUACAUGCGACAGCUGUGUUGCAGUGAAAUUUCAGAUAAAUCUAAUAAAGCUACAGUAUUUUCCAAA